UGAAGCAGUUUUCUUGCUUAAUACACUGCGCAAAACUGAACCGUUUCCUCACAAUUGGUUUUCAAUCAAGAUUAAAAAACACACCCAAAAGAUCAAGGAGUACAUUGGCCAAAGGUAACAAUGACUAUGAUCUAGCUGUCAUUGGUGGGGGAUCUGGAGGUCUGGCUUGUGCUAAAGAAGUGGCUGCUUACAACAAAAAGGUUGUUGUCUUGGACUAUGUUGAACCAUCACCAAUCGGGACGCAAUGGGGUCUCGGAGGAACCUGCGUCAACGUUGGCUGCAUUCCCAAGAAGUUAAUGCACCAGGCUUCUCUACUAGGAGAGGCUAUUGAGGAUUCUAGGCAUUAUGGCUGGCGGGUCCCUCCUGGUAUCGACCACUCAUGGGAGGCGAUGGUUGAGGCAGUACAGAACCAUGUCAGGUCAUUGAAUUGGGGUCACAGAGUUCAGUUAAAAGACAAGAGAGUCGAAUACCUGAAUGCUAAAGGUACUUUUGUGGAUGAACACACAAUCAGAGCUGUCAUGAAAAAUGGAAAAGAGAGAAAAUUAACUGCCGGAAAUGUUGUCAUAGCCACAGGAAUGCGGCCUAGAUACCCGACAGAUGUCCCAGGGGCUGUUGAACACAGCAUCACUAGUGAUGAUAUUUUCUCACUGACAAAAUCCCCAGGAAAAACGCUCGUAGUUGGAGGCAGCUAUGUUGCUUUAGAGUGUGCAGGUUUCUUGAAUGGCAUUGGCUUACCAACCACUGUAAUGGUACGGUCCAUAUGCCUGAGAGGGUUUGACCAGCAAAUUGCUGGUCUGGUAACAGACCACAUGCAAGCUGCAGGAGUGGGCUUUCUUCGAGAGUGUGUACCAACCAGACUAAGUAAGAACGAUGACGGAACAAUAACAGUUAUUUGGAAGAGUUCUGACGGAGAGGAGAAGAGUGAGACAUUCGACACUGUACUCUUUGCAAUUGGGAGAGAUCCACAAACAUCUGAACUUGGUCUUGAAAACACGGGCGUAACACUCCACUCUAAUGGAAAGAUGCAAGGCAAGAAUGAGCAGAGUUCCAUUCCGCAUAUUUAUGGCAUUGGGGAUAUCCUAGAGGGCGGUAUGGAAUUAACGCCAGUUGCUAUCAAAGCUGGGAAACUUCUGGCACAUCGACUAUUUGGAGAAAGGUCAGAGGUUAUGAACUAUGAACAGGUAGCUACAACAGUCUUCACUCCACUCGAGUACGGUACAGUAGGACUGUCAGAAGAGGACGCUAUUCGGAUACACGGAGAGGACAACAUCGAGGUUUACCAUUCAUUCUACAAGCCCCUUGAGUACACUGUCCCAGACAGAUCGUCAGAUCAGUGCUACAUGAAGGUUGUGUGCUUACGAGAAGGAGAUCAAAAGAUUGUUGGGCUUCAUGUUGUUGGACCACAUGCUGGGGAGAUCACCCAGGGGUUCGCAGUUGCAGUCAAAUGUGGUGUAACCUACAUUCAGCUGGCCUCCACAGUUGGCAUCCAUCCAACCAGCGCAGAAGAUCUCGUCAAAAUUAACAUCACCAAGAGAUCUGGACUUGACCCCACCGUAACAGGUUGCUGAGGUUAAGCCCCUCCCUCUGCCAUAACACCCCUCCCUCCAGCUGGUAUGACUAAUGAAAAUCACAAAACCAAUUCAAUAGGAUGAUUUUGUUGUUGUAAGUGUUUUCAGAAAGGUGUGAGAUUAAAGUUGCAAGGCCCUUUUUUUGUCCGAAUGAUGGAAACAAUUUUUUUUAAAACAAAUUUUGACAGAUGAUGCUGUUUCAAAACGAAAAAGAAAAAUCUACAAAAUCUUGCAUGUAUGCCACAGACAAUGCACAAAAUACAUGUAACAUGCAAAAUUGUUUUACAUGAUGAUGAACACCCCACCGCUAGUUAUUUUCCAAUUUUGUCUUUAAACUGCCACUAAUCAUUGGUGUAUUUUUUUUUCUUUGUGCAAUCCCUUUGUUUACUGCUUAUAAUUUUUUCAAAUCUAUAAAAGUAGCUAUUCAAACCUUAAUCUGAAAUCGGCCCAAAAUCGAACCUAGCAUCUUUAAAAAUCACACAUAAUUUAUUUAUUGAAAUUGAAAAUCGAAUUGGAAUGCUAGCAUUAAGGAUCUAGCCAGCUGAGGGGUGAGGUGUGGAAGGAGGGAGUUGUUUCAGUGAAACUGGUUUUCACUUUCUUGUAUUCAAAGGCCAUUCCAGUCACUGAAUUCUUUCAAAUAUUCCUUGCAAAAGUUGUUGGCGUGUCGUGCCGAAGUGGUUAAGAGCACCGGACUGAAGCUGUGGUGUUUCUGAUCAGCAGGGUGUGGGUUCGAGUCCUGGUUGUAGAACUUGUGUCGUUGAGCAAUAUACUUUACCACAUUUUUCAGAUUGGACAUUAAGCUGUUGGUCCUGUGUACUAGGAUUUGUAGUGCACAUAAAAUAACACACAACACUUCUCCUUAA